GGCUAUAUUUGUGAUUUAGUGAAAUUGGGUUGUUGGGGCUCAAGUGUCAUUCAGAAAAGCAACACUGGCAGGAAGAAAAAACUGGACAGAAGGCUUCAGAGGCGAAGGAGGUAAAACUCUAUGGUCAGAUUCCUCCUGUAGAGAGGAUGGAUGAAUCUCUCUCCACGCUUGUUAACUGCGAGAAGCUGUCAUUGUCUACAAACUGCAUUGAAAGAAUUGCCAACUUGAACAGCCUGAAAAAUUUGAGGAUUCUGUCUUUGGGAAGAAAUAACAUAAAGAACUUAAAUGGAUUGGAGGCAGUUGCGGAUACUUUAGAGGAGCUGUGGAUCUCAUACAACUUCAUUGAGAAGCUGAGGGGGAUCCGUGUAAUGAAGAAGCUGAAGGUUCUCUAUAUGUCAAAUAAUUUGGUGAAGGACUGGGCAGAGUUUGUGAGACUGUCAGAGUUGCCAUUACUAGAGGAUCUGGUGUUUGUAGGCAAUCCACUACACGAGAAAUACGCCUCUGAUCAGAACAGCUGGAUUGAAGAAGCAACCAAACGGGUGCCCAAGCUGAAAAAAUUAGAUGGUAUCCUAGUUAUUAAACAAGAAGAUGAUGAAGAAGGAGGAAACUGAUAAAGCUUUCUUGUUGGGUAUUUAAUUAUUUAAGUAUCUCCAGAAUAGCACAGUACAUAGAACUUUUAUAUAAAUGUUUGUUUUGAAGAAAAUCUUCGGGCAACUUUUAAAAGACGAGCUUAUCUCCACAGUCUCUCACCCAAAGAAUUGUUUUCCAAAAUCUGGGCACGCCAAUUUGUCAAUCUCAUGUCACCUUCUGAAGAGACCAGUGGAGGUGAGUUCAUCUGCUAUUUAACUAACACGAGAUCUUUACCUAAAAUAAUACAUAGCUAUUUUAAGUCCCUGAUUAAGUAAGUGAUGCUUGUUGUUCUCUUGGGUUACAAUAGAACAAUUUUAGCUUGUUAAGUGCAGCUGGCCAACAUUAUCAUUUGAAACACUGAGGCCAAAAGAUCAGUGUUGUGUUUUAGAGAGACUUUACAGGCUUUGUUCUGUUUAAUUUUGUCAUGGGAAUCCCUUAAUAUUUUCAGUACGUGAGUUUGCCUUUUCUGCUCCUUAACUCUUAUGCCAAAUAGGCCCAGUAGUUGUGGACUUAUGCACAAAAAAAGGUAUCGAUCUGAUGAUCUUAUUUCUGGCCUUAAGCCUUGAAUUGGCUUUCUUGCAUUGAACUCUUAACUUCAUUGCUUAGAAGGCCAUGUAUAACUUCUUACAUAUUUAUUUAUUUUAAAGAAGCAAUGGCAACUUUUUACAUGGUUUCAGGUGAGACUAAAAUAUCUGUUUUUUUUUUUUCUUUGUCUCUUAUAAGACACCAUUUUAGAUUGGAAUAGGUAGACUAUUAGCCUGCAGCUGGUUCCUAGUCUCUUCUUGGCUGAUCGAGGGACACAAUCCUUCUCAGCUCUGGAAUUUUCAUAUAACCAAGUAGACUAAUAAUCAGAAACAAACAAUGAACAAAAGAGCUGGGCUUGAGGAUAUAAAAGUUGGUUGUGAGGAUACUUGCUUUUUUUUUCUAAAGCACAGAUGUAAGCAGUAUGUGAAAGGUUUAUGUAGUUAGUGAGGAAGGUGAGAUGAGAUGGGAAGUAGGCACUGGAAUAUAAAUACUGAAGAAGUGCUAAAUGUGUUAAAUUGCAAGGAAAACAGUUUUGGAAAGCCCCCAUAUGUGACAGGUAACUGUUUUGUAGUGAAAAGCAUCAAGUACUAAUGAAGACAUAUAUCUGAUUGCACUAUUGGGGGCCAGUAAUGACUUUCUUCCUCCUCUCUUUAGAGAAUAGAUAGAGUGAUCUGCAUAGAUUUUUUUUCUGCAGCUUGUUUUCUUUUAAGCUUUUCUUCUUAUUCUUGGUACCAUCUUUGUUUAAAUUAUAAUGGCAACGAGCGUAUUUGCUAGUUCCAGACCUGUUGUAGAAGGGAUGGAGGCAGGAAUUGACUUUUAAUUAUUUUGUUUGUGGAGGUGUAGCAGAGGUCAAGAUUGUGGAAGUCAUUAUCAGAGAAGCGAAAGGUUAAGUUGGCCCAGGCAACAGCAGUAUUCAGCUCUUUCAUUUUUUUUUUUUUUUUUUUUUUUUUUUUUUUUUUGUGAUGGGCAGGAAUAUUAAAGCUCCAGGUCUAGUUUUAAUAGAUGAUAAUUCUAGCUCUGAUUAAUUUCUAAGUGAACAGUAAAAGGUUACAAGCAGAUUAUAGUUCCAUUUCAAUGUAUUUUCUAGUUAUUCUUUUCAUUGUUAGAACACUUCUUAGGCAUGCUAACAGAAAUUGGCGAUUGCAGGUAAACUUAAGACUUAAGUUUGAUUUAGGUCCAUUUUGUGACAUAAUGUCAGAAGAGCAGUGGCAAAAGCUUUAGAUAUUCUGAACAAGCUACUUCCAGACAGCUGUUUAUCCUGACCAGAAAGCUGUCUGUUUCUUAGUUAGUUAGCUCACUGGAUUUAUCUUAAUGGACAAUUUUAUUCAUAUAUAGUUUCUUUUUAGGAUUAUUCUCCUGGCUUUAUCACUAGUAAAGUCCCCAUUGACCAAGAAGCAUGAUGGGAAACAGGGUAAAUAGCUAGUCAACAGCCACGUCACAUUGGCUUCUUUCAAAACUAAUCCAUUCUGUUGACUUGCAGCCAGCCACUUUUGGAAAAGUGGAUGUGCUUCAGAAACGUGAAUAAUGCAAUGCUUAUGACAAAGUCAGCCUCUACUGACACUGUCUUCUGUGUUAGAGCAAUGGGGAAUUGGCUUGUGCUCCUGACUACUGUAAUUAAAGUGUCUUUAACGUGAGCUAGAACUUGAGUGGAACAAAACUUGACCUCUGACUGUUGCCAGCAAAUGGAAAUGCCAAGUUCAUAUAUGCUGUUGGGAGAAGAGGUCAGAAUCGAGUAUUCAGUGCUCUUGUCCUGGAGCAUGACCAUAAGCAAAGUAGCUGUUUUCUCAUAGCAAGAUUUCUACAGUUAUGGUACAUAUAGCUAAGUUAGCUCCUCGAAUGAAAAUAAGACAGGGAAGUGGAUCUGAGCGUGCAGUCCAAUGCCAUGUAUAAUCCUACUGGUGGAGUUUUAAUAUCUAAAUAGGGUCUAAGUACUGUACAUUUAUGAAGGCGGAGUUAGAUACAGCAAGUACUCUGUUUUGGCUAUUUUGUGACAUUCUGAGAACAGAAUAUGAAGCUGGGACUAUGUGGAGAUACUUUGAACAAACCAUGGCUCCACUGUUGAGACACGAAGGAUAACAAAAGUACGGUUCCUGGCUCUUGUACGUGACAAAUGCAGCCUAUACGUAUGGUAAUUAUUCCAAGAACUUUGCCAAUUGUUAAUCUAAAGCUGUGUUCAUUCUGUGGCCCACUGUCAUCAGCUCUUUUCGCAAAUUAACAGCACAAAUUCUCUAGCUCUUCUUCAGAGCUGCCGUAUAAACAAAUUCUCUAGCUCUUCUUCAGAGCUGCCGUAUAAAUACCACAAAAAUUCACAGCUGAAGGAAUGGGGCAGCCAGUUAUAACAGCAAUAAGGUACAGUUUUGCAGUACAGGAUUUCCUGUUCCCUUUUGCCCUUCAUGCAGUGAUAACUUCCAGCAUAUAACUUAAACCCUUCUGAUAAAAACUGUCAGUCUCAACUGAAAGAAUAGGGUAAGAAAAAAAUAAACCAUGGAGUUCAAAUAGCUGUCAGAGGCUCUUCAGCUUAGAGCUGGGUGGAAAUUUCAGCUUAAUUUUGCUUUGCCUGGUGAAUCAUGAGUCCUUUCAUGAACAAAUCAAAACCCCUGAACUUUUUCCUCUUCCAAAAAAAAAAAAUCAGUGAAAUUUUUCAUACAUUUUAAGAUUUGCACUUUAAAAUUAUGCAGUGGAUGUGGUGGAAGAUAUACACAGAUAUGGCAAUAAAGCAGCUAAUGUGCGUAUCGAUGGUGUUACACCAUGUCAUUUGUAAGCUAACAGAUAAGAUUGGAGGCUGACUCAUGGGGCAAAAGAACGGUCUUUCUGUAGUACGCUGCUCGCCGAUAUCUCACCACAGCCAUGGAGAUAGUAAGCACAUAUUAGUCAUGGAUGAAAAGAACACCCAUGUAAAACUUGCAAGCCAUGUGGAAUACUGCUUUUCCCACUAGAAUUAUGGUGGAUUAGCAUCCACUUUAUUUCCUUAGAAGAAUUUUCUAAAAUAAAUUUAGCAAUAGGAAAGAGGUAUUUUACUUGCUUGCUAGCACAUUGACCUGUCUUAAAAGAGCCAGUGCAUGCAGUGAUUAUAUUGAGACCUGCUGGGAAAACGUGAGAAGGGACCUGAGAUGCAGCAGUUCUGUCUGGUCGUGUAUCACUCAGGUCACACGAGAAGUAGCCUCAUCUAGAAGCAUCUUCAAGCAAGAGAGCACUUUUAACAGCUGCUUGGUUAUCUUUUAUAUACAGUGAUUUUUUUUUUUUUUUUUGUAGCAUUACCAAAUUGUUAAAUUUGCUGUGUUUAAAUUUAGCCCUAUGUUUACAAAUGUUAUUCAGUGAAAAGUAUUUUAAAAUAAUACAAUGUUAUUUUACAUAAAAAUUUUUGGCUCUUGUGUAACAAAAUAGUUCAGCUUGUGGACAGCUUUCAGAAAUUAAAUUUUGUUCUCAUUAAACUUUCCUAGCUGCUCAGGGAGCAAUGUAUUCAUAGUACAUAAAUUCUGUUCCUUUUUGCCUCUGUAUUUUAGGAUAGGAAAUAACUUAGGCUUUAAAAAAAUGUUGAUAUAUUGUGAUUGUUGUCAUCUGAUACAUAAAUAUUUUUCAAUAUUUUAAGAAAGACAGA